UACAAGAAUAUGCCGAUGCUAUAAAAAUGCCAAACAGACAUUUAAAGAAAUAUGAACAGUGCGACAAUCUGAGUUUCAAGUAUCAAUUGAACAGACAAUUAAUUCAUACAGAUAUUUUUACAAUGAAAUUUCACUUUGAAGUGUCAUAUUCCUAUCUCGGUUUGAAGUCAAAUAGGCAUGAAAUUUGAAUGCGGGAUAAAUGUGCGGAGGAGAAAUAUAAAGCUCAUUCUCCUAAUAACGAAUGUUUCGCCGACCGACAGUCUGACACAUUACGUGCAGAUGGAAUAAAAACCAUACUGUAAACGUGAAACAGCAUUCUCUGUCUACGAUCCAACGAUAUUGACACAUGAAUAUACAGAAAAAAGGGAAACGCGUGCGCAAUAAGUAUCCUAUUGAUUUUUCUCUCCACUUUUUGCAUGGAGAGCAACCCCUACCCCAUGCCAAGCGAGAGAGAGAAACAAUCAACGACAAGAGAGAGAAUCAGCAAAAAUACCGUAUCGAAUCAUAACAUCUAGUAAAUUCGACUGUCAGUCGAAGUUCGCAUCCAGACAUUUUAACAUUUGUAUUGCAAAAACUAACAGUCAACACUUAACAAUCUCACUUUCAUUGUGAUAAAAGGAAAAUAAACAAUCGAAAUCACUUUACAUCGCAAGAAGGCAAAUAUUUGAGCGUUCUUGUGUAUGUGCUUGUGCAUAUUCCAUUUAUGCAUAGCGUAGAUAAUUCAAAUGACACUGCUUCCAUUGCAAUCAUCGCCAUUGUCUCAUCUCUCAUCGUUUGAGCGUGUGGUUUUGUUGAUUUUCGCUGAAUUCAUCGUUAACCAUAGAUUCUAAAUCCAACGAUCCACUAUGGAUUUGACGAGUAUAUUUUUAUUUUGUUUGAUCUCAUUGGUCAUUGGCGCUGUAUUGAUGAUACUUGUGCAAUAUUAUAUCUUCAUCAAAUAUUUUAAUCAGCCGGACAAUGACCCCAAUGCAUCACAACGAAAUCGUUCGCUGAACGAGAGAUACCAGCUACCAGACGCAAUUUUGGGCAGCAUACAUUCACCCGAAUUGGAAAAUCGUAACCCCACCAUUGCAUUCAAUUUGAUAUUUCAAUUUCUCUUUUUCGAACUACGAAAUGCCAAUCGUGUUCGUAAAUGGUUCCAUCGUAAAUUAUCACUUGAACUUGACGAACUAAUCACAAAGACCACAACUGGAAAACUAUUUGAAAAACUUUCGAUUCGUGAUUUGGAUUUGGGCGCACAGUUUCCGGAAAUAAGAAAUAUUAAAAUUCUGAAUGCCGAAUUGCACGACACCGAAGGGCAUUUGGAGAACGUUGAACUUUUACUUGACUUGGACUAUCACGGAAACUUUCAUUUGUCAAUUGAUGCGGAUAUGGUGCUUGGCAAGAAAGGAUUUUUGUCCAUUAAAGUGAACCACGUUUCCGGUUUGGCUCGAUUAAAUUUCACAAGGAAGCCGUAUACUCAUUGGUCACUUGUGUUCAUGGGCGACCCUGCCAUUGAGCUUGACAUCGAAACACAAUUCCAAGGGUCACGUCUGGUGUCUCAAUCGAACGUGACAAAUUUAAUUUCGAAUCAAAUUCGAAAGGCCAUUCGCAGGAAGCAUACGUUACCCAAUUACAAAUUGCGAUACAAGCCAUUCUUCCACAAUACGGCGGAUGACGAUAUUGAUUUGUCUGAGGUGCAAUUCGAUGGUACCUUAGAUGUGAAUGUGGCUGAAUUAACGCGAUUGUCGUUGCCAUGUCACGUGAAUCAAGUAUUUUGUACGUUAACAAUGGCACCAAUGGCCUGGGUCACUGCUACGCAAUAUGAUGAUCGAAAUAUUUUGUGCACAUUUGAUAUUGAAAUUCACAAAGCCAAAAAUCAACAGAUCGGAAUCAUUUUCAAACAAAUUGAACAAACGGUUCUAAUCGAUGCAAUCAUUCCAAAUACGCCAGCAAUGAAGGCUGAACUUUGUAAAGGUGAUAUGCUUGUUUCAAUUGAAGGCAAAAAGAUCAGUAACAUCAAUCAAAUUGCAAAAAUUGUAAAAAGUCUUAAUCGUCCGGUAUUUUUUCUAAGAAUUGAACGAAUCGUUGCCGGUCACAUAAAAAGUGAUAUGAAUUCAUUUGCGGUUGGCGGUGAUACCGAUGAAGAAUCGUAUGAAGUAAUCAAUGAUGUUAAUAUAAAUAUUAGUUUUUCAAAAACGGCCGACACAGUUCAAAUAUCGAAAAAUGUGCGACAAAGUUCGAUUGAUAAACUAUCAACGGAGUCUGGCUCAAGAUCGAAUACGCCCACCAAUUCACCGAUUAAAAGCAAAGAUGAUAUUACUAGUAAACUACGCUAUAGAGGUACAAAUCGUAAUAAUCCAAGCGACACAAAACAAUCGGAUGAUCUGGUAAAAUGUACAACGCCGGUAAAAGUGAAUACAAAAAUGAAAAGCGACCCAGACACCGAUACCGAUACGGAACGAAAUGAAAACGAAUACGAAAUGCAUUCAACGAUUGAGUGUGCCGUAAACACUUUUAUCAGUAUUAACGAUUUGUGUCAGUUCAAAUUAAACCAAAAAUCACAAUUUUUAAAUUUGAAUGUAUUGGGGCGGUGUAACGAUGAAACUAUUUUGUUGGGCUAUAACAAUAUUCCUAUUCAAAAUGUUCUUUAUGAAUGUAGCGAUUCAACUCUAGCACAUUUCAUCAAACAAUUCAAAUUAAAUCCACCGGAUACACCGGAUUUGUCGACACAUCUAUUGUCUUCACAAGCUGGCUUCGAUCCAAAUCUGUGCUUCGGUGAUGUUUUAAUGUCAUUCUCAUGGACAGGCGGAUCAACUGCCGCAGGCUCUGAUUCAAUUAAAAAGACGAAACAUAUGAAAUUAUCCUCAAGUGCCGAAAAACUAACGGAGGAAAAAGGUGAUGUGAACGUUUCGCGUCAGCAUAAUUUCCAACGGAAGCAUUUUCAAUCGUCAACACAAUGUGAUUUUUGCGGCCGAAAAAUUUGGCUGAAAGAUGGAGUUCAAUGCCGUGAUUGUUCAAUGAAUUGUCAUAAAAAGUGCAUAACAAAAUGUCAAGCAUCCACAAUAUGUGGACCCGUCGAUGCGGCGGCAGCAUUACAGCAAAGUACUCUGAAUACAUCUGCGGUGGAGUUUAAAGUAACUGAUGCGGAUGGCGAAGGUGAAAUUGAUGAUUUUGAAGAGAUUGACGAACCAAAACCGAAAUUAGAUCAUCAACAUCGACAAAGUUUUAGUGAAAUGAUCUCGCAAGGAAUUAAACGUGUAAAUUCGGCAAAUAAUUUAGCAAUACCGGCUAUUGUAUCUUCCUUAAAUCAGGGUACACGCAGUUUACCACCAAGUCCGCAACAUACACCACGAAAACAAUCUCUUGUCAAUCAAAGCUCAAAUCCUUUUGUGGUCGUCAUACAGAAAUUGGACCAACUACCAAACAAAAUAAAUGAUAUAACGCGUGAACAAAUUGUCUCAUUGACCGAACCGCUUAUCGGUUGGGACGGUCCCGAUGAAAUGAUGGCAUUAGCAAAAAUAACAUCGAAAACAUUGUUUGUAGAUUUGGAUGCAAAAGAACGCGUUGAAGUGAUAAAUAAUUUGUUAUCAAAAUUGAAAUUGGCUUUGGACAGUGAAACAACGGCGCAUGCGAAUUUAGUUGCCAGUGAUGCAUUUGCUUUGUUGGGCGAUAAUAAAACGCAAGAAAAAUGUAAUGCAGCAUCGAAUAAUGGUAGCACACUAACCACCGAUUACAAGACUAGACGAAGCAGCAGUGCUGAAUCGACACCGAGAAAAACGAAAGAUAAUGAACAUGAAUUGGCUGGAAAAGCAUUCUUAGUUGGCCAAUCGGAAGAGCGUGUACAAGCGUUGAGCGUAAUUAUGUUACAUUUAUGCACCGGUUUGCAGUAUGCACAAGGCGUGGCCAAUCAUUAAAGUAUUCCAACGAUUUUCCCUAGCAU